CUCUCCCUUUCCAACCCACCUCCACAGUGACAAUACAGCCAACCAACAUGCCUGGCUCCUCUCUCUGGCUGGUGCCACCAUCUUCUCAUCCCAUCCACGCCAUCCUCGCCAAACUCAUCUCUUCCGAAUUGCCUUUGCAUCUCCCCUCUGCAUCCCCACCUCCACCACUCUUUAGCCCGCAUCUGACGCUCACCUCCAACAUCGACCCAGCCAAGUAUGGCGACGAUCCACAGGGAUGGCUAAACAGCAUUCCCUUCCCAUCUAGUGCAGAUGUCCAGGUCAUAUUCGAACGCGUCAAGACUGAGGAUGUCUUCUUUCGUCGGUGCUACAUCAGCUGCGGCUGGGAUGGGGUUCGAGACACAGCGGGCAUCGCAAGGGCGAGGGGCGUCAUAGGGGAGGAAACAGUGCAGCAGGAGACCACAAAGUGGCUGGCCGAAUGGAGGGAGGCCUUCGGGCCACAUGUCAGUCUGCUUUAUGGCGACAUGCCCAUUGAUGAGGCCAAGCUCAAAGAAAUUGAGCAGGCUGUGCAAGAAGCAGGCAUCACCUUGAGCCAGGACAAAGGUAAAUCUGAAAGGUUUGAUGGGUGGGAUGGAGGCAUAGUGUGGCUUGUUCCCACUGACAAAGAUAUUGCGGAAUGGAAGCCUAUCGCGACUCGGCUUCUCUGAUUUCUGCCAGCCCCGUUGGGUCUGCUUCCCAAGAAGCGAGAAGUGCUGGAAGCAUUUGCUAAGCCCCAUUUCCCUGGGAGUAGGUGCCCAAAAACUGCCUGGUCCAUGAUGAUUGGUAGAAUCCAAGCAGUGGUUGCAUGUAUUAUAAGAAUUGGCUGGCUACCCUCUCACACUCGCAAUGCAGUAAUCGAGGAAUAUACUAAGCCCAUAUGGUCUUCCCCUUCAUAUUCACUUGAAAGGGCCUUGACUUGAUAGCUGAGAAGCUUGUGAGCAUAGAAA